UUAAUUUACACCUUAAUUGGUAAUUUUCUAACUCUUCUACAUAAGAACACAAUAAUGGCUUCCCCUAACAGUUGUCUGCUUCAAAAUCAUUUCGCCAUUUCCUCUCUGACCCUACUCCUCUUUCUCAUUUCCCUUCCGCCAUCCGUCCUCUCACAAAACCCUACCAUUGCGCAAUGCACCACGCAGCUUCUUCCGCUGGCCGCUUGUGCACCAUUUGUGCAAGGCAGUGCCAUGUCACCUGCACAGUCAUGCUGUGUCAACCUCAAGCUGCUAUAUAGCCAGCAGCCAGAGUGCCUUUGCCUUUUGCUCAAUGGCACUACUUUGAGCACCUUCCUUAUUAACACGACUCGCGCUCUCCAGCUUCCCGUUGUUUGCAGCCUUCAAGUCGACAUCUCUACUUGUCCAGGGGUACCUGUGCCUCCUAGUUCACCUAGUUCUCAAGAUCCCCCCCUUCGGAAUAACACCAGCUCAUCUGCUGCUAAUUCUACAAUUGCUGCCACUCCAAUGCCUCAAACGGCACCAAUCCCCACCACGAUGGGGUUAGGGUUUGGGAGAACUACAAAUGCUGGUACCAAAUUGAAGAUGGGAAGUUAUCUUGUAGUGGCUUUCGCCGUGGCAGUUUUUCCAGUGACCGGAGUUCUAUUUUAAAUAUGAUAAUAUUUAUACCACCAGAUUAAUGUUUUGAUGGCUUUUUAUGUUGGGGUUAGAGAUUUUACUUAUUAUUUAGGAGAAUUUAUUCCGUUACGGUUUUAUAGAUACCAUCGAACUUCUAUUGAUUUGAAUAAAAACAGUGGUGACUGUCAAAUUAUA